UUGUAUGUUGUGUAUGAUGAGAAUGAGAAUGGGAAGGAGAAGAAGAAUGUGUUGGUGAUGUGUGAUGAGGAGUGUGGGAGACAGAAUGAGUUGGAGAGGAUGAUGGACAAAAUUGGAGUGGUGUUAUGGUUGAUCUUCAUUGUGAACCCUUUUAAAGGUGUCCAUAGUAAUACUGAAGGUGACUCCUUAUAUAAACUUAGGCAAAGCUUAAAGGAUCCGAGAGGUGCAAUGUCGAGCUGGGACCCUACACUUGUCAAUCCUUGUACAUGGGAGCAUAUCACCUGCGUGAAUAAUGCUGUCACAAGAAUGUAA